AUGGCAGUGGUGAACUCGAAGCAGACUGCGUCUUUCAAGACUGAACGCAUUAACAAGUCAACUUUCCUGGUAGUCGAAGAUGAUGCAUUCAGAGAGCAUCCAUUCAUCUACGUCAAGAUCCAUCCGAAGGCACCCAUCAUAGUCCUCUCAGACACGGGUUGCGAUGAGCCCAGUGCGAAGAGCAAGAACGCCGACUUCACCCAUCUUCGAGACUACUUGGAGAACUUCCCAAUCAAGAGCAACAGCAAGAAGCCGCUCAAUCCAGGAGGUCAUCGACAAUACUACAUUAUCUGCACGCAUUGCCACUAUGAUCACAUCGGCGGCAUCUCACAGUUUCUGGAAGGCGGCAGGACCGAGAUCAUAGCAUCUGCCGCGGGCAAGGACUUCAUCGAAUCGGAUCUGGAAGCGCAUGGGCUCUUCAAGUACAUCGACAAAGUGGCGCCUUACUACCAAGUCACACAUUGGGCGCAGGCGUGGGAGAGGCUCCAGUGUCCCAUCCAGCACCAUAACGACGAUUACACCGUGCAAGCCCGGAAGCCUAUCGAUCUUGGCAUGACCUUCAUCCACACACCCGGCCAUACUCAAGAUGAGCUCGCGUGGUAUGAUCACGACGAAAUGCACGUCUACGUUGGAGACAGCCUAUACGAAGAAGGUGAGGAUGGCAUGGCGAUUGAAUUUCCAGCAGAGGGCAGCUUCGUCGAGUGGGCGUUCGCAAUGCACAAAGUCCAGUAUCUCGUGCGAGGAGAAAAUGCAAGAUCAGCCGCCCGAGCCGAAAAAGAAGACGAUGACGGCUGGUGCCAGGUUGCGAAAAGGGUCAAGCUGGCAGCAGGUCAUCAAACGCAUUCUGCGGAUGCGGAGCCGUUCUUGGAGAAGGUCGGACAGUUCUGGUGGGAUACGCUGGCUGGGAAAGUGCCUGUCAUCAAGAAGCAGUAUAAGCGUGGGGAGGCGUACUACACAUGGAGGGAGAAAGAUGGCAAGUCGGGCUUGUCGUUCCAUGCGCCGGCGAGAUUGAUGGACGAGGCUAGGAAGUUCUUCGAAGGCACUGGUGUGUUUGCGACAGGACAUCUUGGAUCCGACUUUCCAGGUUGA